ACACAAGUUGUCGCUGUUUAGUUGUACUCUGCCAGACAAGAGCAGCAAAUUCCCGGCACCGUCUCGAAUUACUCCUGUGUCAUACGCCGCAAAGAAGUGUGCCGAGAUGGCUUCACAACAUAAGGUGCUCAUGCUCGGCGCGGGCUUCGUGACGAGGCCGACUCUCGACAUUCUCAGCGAUGCUGGCAUCCCCGUAACAGUCGCCUGCCGCACCCUGGCUUCCGCUCAGCAGCUCUCCGAGGGUGUCAAGAACGCCCACCCCAUCUCGCUCGACGUCAACGACGACAAGGCGCUGGACGCCGAGGUGGCCAAGCACGACCUCGUCAUCAGCCUGAUCCCGUACACCUUCCAUGCCACCGUCAUCAAGUCGGCCAUUCGCAACAAGAAGAAUGUCGUCACCACGAGCUAUGUGUCGCCCGCCAUGCUCGAGCUGGACGCCGACGCCAAGGCCGCCGGCAUUACCGUCAUGAACGAGAUCGGCCUAGACCCGGGAAUUGACCACCUCUACGCCGUCAAGACCAUCGACGAGGUCCACCAGGCCGGCGGCAAGAUUCUCAGCUUUCUGUCGUACUGCGGCGGCCUGCCGGCCCCGGAGGACUCGGACAACCCGCUCGGCUACAAGUUCUCGUGGUCGUCGCGCGGCGUGUUGCUGGCCCUGCGCAACGCUGGCAAGUGGUGGCAGGAUGGCAAGGUCGUCGAGGUUGCCGGCAAGGACCUGAUGAAGAUGGCGAAGCCCUACUAUAUCUACCCGGGCUUCGCCUUCGUCGCCUACCCCAACCGCGACUCGACCCCGUACAAGGAGCGCUACAACAUCCCCGAGGCGCAGACCAUCAUCCGAGGCACCCUGCGCUACCAAGGCUUCCCUCAGUUCAUCAAGGUGCUCGUCGACAUUGGCUUCCUGGAGGACGCACCGCUCGACAUCCUGUCACGGCCCGUGGCCUGGAAGGAGGCCACGCAGGCCGUCAUCGGCGCGCCCUCCUCCUCGGCGGCCGACCUCGAGGCCACCAUCCUCUCCAAGGCGACAUUCGAGUCGGAAGACGACAAGCAGCGCAUCCUGUCGGGCCUCCGCUGGAUCGGCCUGUUUUCGGACGAAGCCAUCGCGCCCAAGGGCAACCCGCUCGACACGCUGUGCGCGACGCUCGAGCGCAAGAUGCAGUACGAGGAGGGCGAGCGUGACCUGGUCAUGCUGCAGCACAAGUUUGAGAUUGAGCACGCCGACGGCAGCCGCGAGACGCGCACCUCGACGCUGUGCGAGUACGGCGACCCGAAGGGCUACUCGGCCAUGGCCAAGCUCGUCGGCGUGCCGUGCGCCGUGGCCGUCAAGCAGGUGCUGAGCGGGCAGAUCCAGGAGAAGGGCAUCCUGGCGCCCAUGAAUGCGAAGAUCAAUACCCCGCUGAUGGAGGAGCUGAAGGAGAAGUAUGGCAUUACCAUGGUCGAGAAGACUGUCUCGUAAGCCGUUGUGGUUGGCGGGGGUGUGGACUAAAAUAGAUGAGGAUAGAAAAAAUGGUCCUUGUGCUCCUUGUUCCCGCUCUCAUGGUCUUAGGGGAGGAAAAGUGAUUCACUUGACUGAAAGGAUGAGCGAACUGGAAGGGUCUGUGUGUCCUAUAAUAAGAGAUUGGAGGGAUGUUCGGACGAAAUCAGAAAUCAACCGUGGUUAUCGGGGAACUGGGAGCCGGAAAAUGAAAACGAGAGCAUGGCAGAUGUGAGACGCCACUCGCUUCUGCAGUCAGAUCCCUCAAAUC